AUCAGAGCUCAGACUAGUUUCAGUUAUCAGGAGGUGAAACUCACACAGUCACUGACACUGAGAGGAGAAAUGGAGCAGAAAGGAGUUCAGCUGGACCGAGAAACCUUCUCUUGUUCGAUCUGUUGGGAUCUACUGAAGGAUCCGGUGACUAUUCCCUGUGGACACAGCUACUGCAUGAACUGUAUUAAAGGCUUCUGGGAUGAAGAGGAGGAGAAACUCUGCAGCUGCCCUCAGUGCAGACAGACCUUCACACCAAGGCCUGUCCUGGUGAAAAGCACCAUGUUAGCAGUUUUAGUGGAGCAGCUGAAGAAGACUGGACUCCAAGCUGCUCCUGCUGAUCACUGCUAUGCUGGACCUGAAGAUGUGGCCUGUGAUGUCUGCACUGGGAGAAAAAUGAAGGCAGUGAAGUCCUGUUUGGUCUGUCUGGCAUCUUACUGUGAGAAACACCUUCAGCCUCAUUAUGAUUCACCUCCAUUAAAGAAACACAAGCUGGUGGAGCCCUCCAAGAAGCUCCAGGAGAACAUCUGCUCUCGUCAUGAUGAGGUGAUGAAGAUGUUCUGCCGUACUGAUCAGCAGAGUAUGUGUAAUCUCUGCCCUGUGGAUGAACAUAAAGGCCACCACACAGUCUCAGCUGCAGCAGAAAGGACUGAGAGGCAGAGAGAGCUCGAGGUGAGUCGACUAAACAUCCAGCAGAGAAUCCAGGACAGAGAGAAAGAUGUGAAGCUGCUUCAACAGGAGGUGGAGGCCAUCAAUCAGUCUGCUGAUAAAACAGUGGAGCACAGUGAGAAGAUCUUCACUGAGCUGAUCCGUGUGAUCCAGAAAAGAAGCUCUGAUGUGAAGCAGCAGAUCAGAUCCCAGCAGGAAACUGAAGUGAGUCGAGUCAAAGAGCUUCAGGAGAAGCUGGAGCAGGAGAUCACUGAGCUGAAGAGGAAAGACGCUGAGCUGAAGCAGCUCUCACACACAGAGGAUCACAUCCAGUUUCUACACAACUACCCCUCACUGUCAGCACUCAGUGAGUCUACACACUCAUCCAGCAUCAAGAUCCGUCCUCUGAGAUACUUUGAGGAUGUGACAGCAGCUGUGUCAGAGCUCAGAGAGAAACUACAGGACAUCCUGAGAGAGGGAUGGACAAACAUCUCACUGACAGUCACUGAAGUGGAUGUUUUACUGUCAGAUCCACCAGAGCCAAAGACCAGAGCUGAAUUCUUAAAAUAUUCAUGUGAACUUACACUGGAUCCAAACACAGCACACACACAGCUGUUAUUAUCAGAGGGGAAUAGAAAAGUAACAUUAAUGAAACAAAUACAGUCUUAUUCUGAUCAUCCAGACAGAUUCACUGGAAGGCGUCAGGUCCUGAGCAGAGAGAGUCUGACUAGACGUUGUUACUGGGAGGUGGAGAGGAGAGGAGGAGGAGUUUAUGUAGCAGUCACAGACAAGAAUAUCAGCAGAGCAGGGAUUGAAUGUAUAUUUGGAUGUAAUGACAAAUCUUGGGCAUUAAAUUGUAACAACAACAGUUUUACAUUUUGGUUCAACAACAUUGAAACUCCUGUCUCAGGUCCUCGGUCCUCCAGAGUAGGAGUGUACCUGGAUCACAGAGCAGGUAUUCUGUCCUUCUACAGCAUCUCUGAAACCAUGACUCUGCUCCACAGAGUCCAGACCACAUUCACUCAGCCGCUCUAUGCUGGACUUUGGCUUUGUUAUUCUUAUGGAGACUCUGCUGAGUUCAUUAAGCUGAAAUAGACUGAAGUCUUUCAUAUUGUUGUGGGUUUAAAUCUGUAUUUUAGUUUCAUGUUAUUUUCUCAUUGUUGUGGCAUUUCUGCACUGCACAGAGAUCAGCUGUCAGUCAAACAUUAUGGGUGGUACCUUGACAUCUUCUAGUUGUUCUCUUGAUGUUUUGGAGUUUUUAGGUGGAGCUCUUUCCUGUGUCUGUUUAGCCAUGGAGGCGAUCACUGCUCAUGAUGAUUUUGAUUUACAAAAACAUUUCUCCACAUGAAAAUGUAAACUUCUCUGUGCUCUAAAUGUUUGCUGAAUAUUUGUAUUGAUGUAUUUGUAUGUUGUUGUUUCUCUUCUACUUCAUGGGCCUUAACAGAGAAAUCAGCAGAGCUUCCUUUAUCACACAUGUUUUGUUCUCAUCACUUUGUACAUUUGGAAAGAAACUGCUUAGUUGUUAAUUUUGUUUAAGAGUUUUUUUUAGCUCUUAAAUACUAAAGAUUUUAAGAUUUAUUAAUCCAGCUAAGUUUAAAGUAUUUCUGUCAUGGUCCUGGGCCGGUGGCCCAGUGUUUUGUGUUUUGUGUGGUUCUGUUUUGUUGUGGGGUCUCUGUUUCUGUCUCCCUGUGUUCCUUUCCUGUUGUCCCUCUGUCAGUGUCUCCGGGUGUCAAGCCAGUGUGUACUAUGUUAGAGUUCUUCCUGUUUUAUUUUGAUAAGUCGUCAGUUCUGUCAUGCCCUGUUCUGCUUCCUCUUGUCUCACCUGUGUAAUAUGAUUCACCUGUGUUCCCACCCCUCUCGUGGUAUAUUUAAGCCCAUUGUUUUCCAUGCUUGUUGUUGUGUCAUUGUUGUUGUUGUUGAAGAAGAUGGUUGUUGUCCGCUGUUCUGCAUACUUCUCUGAGUUAGUCAAGUCUUGUUAGCUUCACGUCUCUCCCCGUUGAGUAUAUGCAAAGAAGAGUU